AUGGGGACGUCACAGCCUACUUUGAGGUCCAUCCUCGGAAUAUUAUUCCUAUGUCUUAUCCAGAUUUCCGCCGCGUUGAAAUUCGACCUGCCCGCUGUGAGCGGAAAGAACGAGCGAUGCAUCCGCAACUUCGUCUUUAAGGACCAGCUUGUCGUCGUGACAGCUAUCGUGAGCGGUCAGAAGGGUGAUGGACAGAAGGUUAACAUUCAUCUGGUGUUGCCAACCCUUAUCGGUCCAUUGAACUCGAUGUUGACAUUGGCGCCGAUGCUCGUGACUGGUCUAGCAUUCAGGACCAUGAGAAGCUCAAGCCCCUCGAGACUGACCUCCGCCGCAUUGAGGAGAUGGUGCAAGAAAUCGUCAGCGAAAUGGAAUACCUUCGUGCGCGUGAGCAAAAGCUGCGUGACACCAACGAGAGCACCAACGAGCGUGUGA